AUGGCUUCAGGCCAGCGCGUUUCCAGCGCCGUCCUGAAGCAGCUCGUGCGCUCGCAUGCACCAUGCAGGGCCGCGCACCAACAUCAUGCGCCCUUGACAGCCCACCACGCCCAGUUCCUGCCGAGAGGCCUCGCCAUGCGGCAGUGGCACGGCGCAGCAUGCACGACCACCGGGAAUAAGACGCCGCGCAGCUUCUCAACCGGCCGAUCAUUACGCAAAGAAGACGCCGGCAGCAGCCGCCCUUCAUCCUCAUCUAGCAGCGGCGGAGGCGGCGGCGGGAGCAACUGGAACUGGAGCGGGAGCCACAAUGGCCACGGCAACGCCCACGGCAACGAGGAGCCCUCGCUCGCGUACAAGAUGCUCGAGUCGGCCGCGACGUCCUUCGCCUCCGUCAUGGUGCUGGCCGUCGGGUUCGCGAGCGCCGCCUACGCGUACCACAAGUUCUACAAGAAGGUGCAGCUGCAGAAGAUGGCCAACGCCUUCGAGCCCGGCGACCCCGUCCUGGAGAUGGCCGCCCUGGGCAAGGGCAUCACCAAGGGACACGCCCCCUCUAAUGUCCACCGCAACGGCGACGACGUCAACAAGGACCACUGGGUCCAGCGCCCUGAGCAGGCCAAGGUCGACGCCAUCGUCUCCGGGCUCGAUUACGGCCAUUACCACCUCUUUAUGGGAGACAAGGGCACCGGCAAGAGCAGCAUGCUCAUCGAGGCUAUGCGCAAGAUCGACGGUGACGGCGACCCCAGACCUCACAGCCAGAUCCAGGCAUUCGUGCGCAAGGACUACACCAUUCGCGCCUCACUGGAAGACAAACGGAAUUCGCUGACAUUUUUUAAAACCCAAGUGGCCAUGUUCGAAGCACACUCAGACCUAGAAAUCUUCCGGAUCCGGCUCGGCAAAGCUCUCGACUACGAGUUCCACGAGGACUACAUCGGCGGGUACUUCAGCGAGAAGGGGCCAAGGGAUACAACCGCCCUGCUAGACAUCGAGAGGGCCCUCAACAAGCUGGAGAAGGUCGCCCUCGACCGGAGGGCCAAGGUCGGCCGCCCACUCGUGAUGAUCAUCAACCAGAUGCACCUGAUCCGCGACGACGAGGACGGCAAGGACCUCUUCGAGCUGCUGCAGCAGCGCGCCGAGAUGUGGGCCGCUUCCAACCUCGUCACCAUGGUCUUCAACUCGGACGACUACUGGGUCUACGAGCGCCUCAAGCAGCUCGCCACCCGCAUGGAGGUCCUGAGCGUCCAGGACCUUCCAAAGGCCCCCGCCACCGCCGCCCUCAAGCGCUACCGCGCCCGCUACUUCGGCGAGAGGCUGUCCGACGACCUCGCCACCCAGAUCUACGACAAGGUCGGCGGGCGCCUGACCUUCCUCAACCGCGUCGCCAAGAGCAGCAACAUGCUCCAGACGUGCGACGACAUCAAGGAGGUCGAGAAGACUUACUUCCUGAACCAGUGCUGGAUCCUUGGCGAGGAGAUGGACGAUGACGUGAUGGACCAGCAGAAGUGGGCUGCCGCAGCGAUGGUACUAGCCCUGGCCCUAGUGGACAAGGAGCGCGAGCUCGACGACGCGCUGACCUACGACCCGGUGAUCGGCCACAUGCUGCCGUCCUACCCGAUGCACAAGGCGCAGGAGAUCCAGACCCGCGCCGACUUCGUGAGGCAGCUGGACCGUAUGAACCUCUUCACCAUCACGAGCACCGCCCAGAUGCGCGCCUCGAGCGUGCCCAUGCACCUCGCCUUCCGCGAGAUCUGCGCCCUGCCCGGGUUCCGCGACCACCUCGACGCCACAAUCGAGCGCAUUUCCGCCAUCGAGAGUCUCGGCCGCACGCGGGAGCUGGUGGCCAAGGAUCUCGUGCUGGGCGGCAAGUAUGAGAUUGCCAAGGAGGGCAGCGGGUGGGACAGCAAAGCCAUCGUCUCGCUAAGGCAGCCGCCGGAGGAGGACGGCGACGGCGGCGACGACGACGACGGGAAAAGCGACUGA